AUGGACUUUUCUGUUAGCGGUGCGAUUACGGUUCAACAAAGUGGGUUACCGGGUACAGCAACAAUUUUCGAAUCGCCGCCCAACUCUUUCGCAAACUCCACAGACGCAAAGAUUUUGCAACAACAUGAGCAACAACAACAACAACAAAGGACGAGAUUCUUGUUCCAGCAGCAGCAGCAACGCAUGCAACAACCGAUUGGGUCUGGGAGAAAUGCCUUGCACUCCGCAUUCGUGGCUCCUUCGGCGCUGAGUUCAGCCCCUGAAGCACCUUUGUUGGUACCGGACAGACACUCUUCGACAUCCACGCAGAGCUCUUCAGGAUGGCAAGACUCUCCCGUCAGCAAUGACGCCGAAUCUCUAUCUUCGCCAACGAGCUCCAUCAUUUCACCACCUACCACCACCAAUCUUCCAUCAGCGCCGCCGAUUGAUCCCCUUAUUCUUAGUUCGGUGAAGGAUGAUCAAAUUCCCCCGUCAGAAGAGGCACCCGAGCCACCGAAACGCCGCAGAGGCCGACCCAGGCUGUCGGAGGGCGCCCCAAAGACGACCCGCGCGACGGCCCCGACGACCACCAACCUCCAAAGAAAAAGCACUUCGCGACGUACAUCGACCGCUUCGGCGAGCGGCGCAGACGAACUCAUGAACGACCAUGGCGGCACCACCAACGACAAGAAGAACCGUAUCCGCGCGAGAAACCGGGAGGCCGCGUACAAAUGCCGACAAAAGAAGCAGAAGGGCAUUGAAGAGCUGCAAACCCAGGAGGCCAUGGUGGAAAACAUCAACAAGAGCCUCAACAACGAGGCGGCACAGCUACGCGGCGAGAUCUUGAUGCUGAAGAACAUGGUACUUCAACACGGUGGCUGCGGGUGUGCCUAUAUCGAAGAGUACAUUUCCGGUGCGGCACAGAGUCUGGUACAAUCGAGCAUGGCGGCUGCCUCGGGUCCUGGUGGACAUGGCAUGCAAAUGCAUAGCCAGAAUUGCACGAACGUAGCAGGAGGGGACGGGUAUGUUGACUGGAAAAUGUUCAACAUGGGUCCUCAGGCGGACAUGCCUUCACUGGAGUCGGAAAGCGGGUUCUCUGGCUUCGAGGAGGCCGCCUCUCACAGCGCGAGAGCACAAUCACAAGGGGCCUCGAUGGUUUGA